AUGAAGUACUUAAUGAAGCAAGCAAAACUCCCUCCGAAAUAUUCAUACACAGAAGUAAAACAACGGCAGAAUGCACUACCUACAGUUCCUUCAUUAUCAGGUCCUUAUCACAGUGUGGUACCAUCAAAAGCACCUUCUGACUUUCAGUCAGAAAAGUCAUCUAGUCAGCCAGAGAUGUCAUCUAGUCAGCCAGAAAAGUCAUCUAGAAGUCAGUCAGAAAAGUCACCUGGUCAGUCAGAAAAGUCAUCUAGAAGUCAGUCAGAAAAGUCAUCUGGUCAGUCAGAGAAGUCAUCUAGUCAGUCAGAAAAGUCAUCUGGUCAGUCAGAAAAGUCAUCUAGAAGUCAGUCAGAAAAGUCAUCUGGUCAGUCAGAAAAGUCAUCUGGUCAGUCAGAGAAGUCAUCUGGUCAGUCAGAAAAGUCAUCUAGAAGUCAGUCAGAAAAGUCAUCUGGUCAGUCAGAAAAGUCAUCUGGUCAGUCAGAGAAGUCAUCUGGUCAGUCAGAAAAGUCAUCUGGUCAGUCAGAAAAGUCAUCUAGAAGUCAGUCAGAAAAGUCAUCUGGUGAGUCAGAAAAGUCAUCUAGAAGUCAGUCAGAAAAGUCAUCUGGUCAGUCAGAAAAGUCAUCUGGUCAGUCUGAAAAGUCAUCUGGUCAGUCAGAAAAGUCAUCUAGUCAGUCAGAAAAGUCAUCUGGUCAGUCAGAGGAGUCAUUUGUUCAGUCAGAAAAGUCAUCAAUGCCAACAUCCAGUCAGUCACACAGGUCACCGAGUCAUGACGGCAAGUCUUCUUCCAGGAAUUCAGAAAAGUCCUCUUCCUAUUUGCCAAGCAAUUCUGAGAAACGCAAAGAAUUCAGUUUAGCUGGACUAUAUUGUGAAAAAGUUUUGUUCAAGGAGGCCUUGUGUGUCUUAUUCCAGAGCGUUACUGGAGCCAAUUACCAUGAUGCAGAAAAAGAGUGUUUGGCGGUCCAGAAUGCAUCCAUGAUACAAGCCAUGAAAGAU